UUUAACGGAGACUUUGCCUUCGCUAUCGCUCACUGCCAAAUCCGACUCGAGUCAUGAGUACGGACCACUUGAGCAAACGGACUGCGACCCCGUCAGCCAGAAUCCUCGAGCGAGUUCGUGAGGAUGCGACUGACUUGGCAUUGUUAGUCACAGUCACCUCACACGACUGGAAGCUGCUGAGUGACAAGAACGGCACGCAACUAUAUGAGAUGACGGGCGAAUCCCUUUCAAACAAAGUUAGCACUGUCGGUACCUUUGGCAAGGGUGGGGGUGGCCAUCCGUCCGAGUUCUAUCUCGUUCGAGCCGCGACCACGAUCCGGGCCGACGUCAACACCAUGCUAGACGUACUACGAACCAGCACGUCCGAGGAUUUCCGAGAUGUCAUGAAGAAAAUCUUUGACAAACAGUUCGAAAGUGGUGCUAUCGUGGACUCUCUAAGCUGUACGACGCCACCCCCGUACACACCGAGUCUGGACAGUAACGGGAUGCAAAAAGGAUGGCAAAUAUUUAGUGAGGACGAUGGAUACAGCACGAAUUGGGUCACUCUGAGAGCCUUCAACAAGCUAGGAGGUCUAGACGGCCACCGAGACUUCACUAUGGUCUGCUAUCAGGACGUGUUUGAGCGUGCAUAUAUUAGCGAUAAACUAACUCGAGUUGGACGCAGCUUAGCGCGAGAUCCUCAGAGACCUCAACCGGUGACAGGGUCUAGACUUAUUGGCGUACACACCUUUUCCAGUAUGAAUUUCAGGGACAUUCCGGAGUUGCCCAAGUCUUCCAAGACCGACCGUCUUCAUUUCCGGAAUUCGGGUGUAAUUGUCGAGGAAUUAACGGAAGAAGACUCGAAUGGACCUGUGGUUCGCGUGAGUUUGCUGCUCUCGUUGAUGCCGACGAAACUUGUACUGAAAGAGGUCUCCCAGAGCCCUCGCAUGCGUGUGGCGCUAGCUGCGGGGCAUGAAGUGGCCAAGAAAUACCGCAAAUGGAUACAGACACUGGCACUGGGCGUGAGUCACUUCGCAGAGACAGCAAAACCUGUUGUUACCAUGCAACAUCUUAGCAAGAUGACGUGGAUUGAAAGCGAUCACUGCUUCUUGUGCCUCAAGAUGUUCCGCACAUACCGAAGGCGACACCAUUGCCGCUUCUGCGGUGAAGCAGUGUGCGGUUCGUGCUCGAGUUUUGUCAACUUGGCCUCGUUCGACAUCGACUAUGAUGAUAGCGCUGACAGUGUUAUUGUGGGUCAUCGCAAAUUGGAUCUACGCAUGGCCAGUGGUGGUAGUGGAAGAAAUCUACGCGAGAAUGCAUCUCCUAACGACUCUAAAGCGGAUACGGAGGAGGUAACGGAGACUCGUGGUUGUAACACGUGUGUGUCCGAGCUGCAGAUGAACCUGACGGUGUUAAACCAUACUCGUAGCAAGCAGGAUCCAAGUAGCACUCUCUCACAACUUGUAAAUGCUCGCCUGAAAGACCAGCAUACAAACAACCAAAGCUACAAAGGUAUUCACGACCCACCGCCACCGUAUCCAGGACAAAGCAGCCAUAGCGAACGGGAUCAGGUGAUGCCUAUGCGUGCUGGAGGCUACCUCCAGUUCCAGCAACAGAAGAUCAGCUUCUCCACCAUCAGCAGCAGUUCGUACGCAGGUUUGUCACCUGACGAAUGUGGAAAACUCGGUAUCUACUCAUCUACCGGUUUGACUGAGUCCAUGGGCAAAGCGCCAGCCACUUCGACUGCUAUAUCCUUUAACCCCACGCCACGCAGCUACUCGGCGGACUCUUCACUUAGCGCUUUUCUAGCUCGCGACCCGGACAUUCUGUCUCUCAAUGGAUUGACACUAUCCCCUGGAAGUUCAGUGGCGUCCAGCAUGAUUCCCGUUAUGGGCGACGAGGAUCACUUAAACUUCAUCUCCAAGCACAACCGAGAGAGUUACGCCACUACUGCCGCUACCAACGAAGGCAGUAACCACAGUCAGUUCAACUACUCGAACAUGACUCAACAGGAGGUGCAAACCACCGAACGACUCAUUCGCGAGGCCAAUGCACGAGAAAACCAGCGUAUGAACGGCCGACCGCCGCUGAAUGGGCGGCCACAGUAUCAGCAAGACUGCGAGCAAAGCCCUGUGGGGUUCAAAAACAAGGUCUAUCAUAUGCCUCGUACAGCACAAGGUUUGUCCCCAUCGCACUCACUGAAGUCGUCGUACUCAUCGGGCAGCGCACAUAGUGACUUGAUUCAAUUGAACUCUGUCACGAAUGACUCAGCAGAGUCGACCAAAGUGGAUUUCGUCGUGUUCGACAACAAUCAGCAGGCAGAGGUUGCCAAGAACGCAGAGAACUCCAACGACAUGAUUCCGCUACGGUUUUGAAACAGAGCUAGAGCUUUAGGUGUUUGUUAGUGCGUGAUAAAUGACGGAUAAAGAACGAAUGUUCGAGUUGUUCGAGUUGCAAGUACAAAAAGAUAGCAGG